UACGCACACGUCUUCAUUCGGAGUGAAACAGAAUUUUUGUUACAGAUAAGUUGGGGUGGCUUAUAAUUCCUUCGGAACUUUUGAUUUAUUAAUUGAACUUGCAAUGAACAAAAGUUAUGAAAAAAAAUCAAGUAGGCGUAGCAGGUCGAGAGAAAGAGAUAGAGACAGAGAUCGAGAUCGUGAACGCGAAAGAGAUAGAGAGCAUAGAGACCGUAGACGCUCCAGAAGUAGAUCAAAAGAUCGUAAAAAAGAUAGAAAACGUUCAAGGUCUCGCGAAGCAGAUAAAUCUCGUGGUAGAGAACGUUCUAAGGACAGAGAUUUAGAAAGAUCUAGAGACAGAGAACAAGAUAGAGUCAGAGACAAAGAACGUGAUAGAUCAAGAGAGAGGAGAGAUAGUAAAGACAACAAAGGUAAAGAUGAUAGAAAGCAUAAACCAAGUUCCACUGACAAUGAAAAGAAAGAUAACAAAAACCAAGUGAAGAAAGAUGACGAGAAAGAAGCCACUGCAGAAGAAGAAAAAAAGCCAGUUCCAAAAAAAGAACCUUUGAGUUUGGAAGAGUUAUUGGCAAAGAAAAAAGCUGAGGAAGAAGCUCGAGCUAAACCAAAGUUUCUUACUAAGGCAGAACGAGCAGCGCUAGCUCUUCAAAAAAGACAAGAAGAAGUUGAUGCUAUCAGAAAACAACAAGAAGAGCAAAGAAAAACUUUACCUCAAACAGAAGGAUUAAAUUCUAGUACAAAUAGAGAAUGGGAUGAUCGUGAUAGGCGCAGGGAAAAUCAGAAAUCUCGAGAAGAAGAAACAAAAGAUAAAGAUAAGGAGAAAGAAAUGGAAGCAAUAAAAGAACGAUAUCUAGGAUUAAUGAAAAAGAAGCGUCGUGUAAGAAGACUGAACGACCGUAAGUUCGUGUUUGAUUGGGACACAGGAGAGGAUACCUCAGUAGAUUAUAAUAACAUUUAUAAAGAAAGACAUCAAGUACAGUUUUUUGGAAGAGGAAACUUGGCAGGAAUAGACAUAAAAGCUCAAAAACGCGAUCAGAGCAAAUUUUAUGGAGAAUUAUUAGAAAAACGUCGAACAGAAGCAGAAAAAGAACAAGAAAAAGUGAGAUUGAAGAAGGUCAAACGGAAGGAAGAAAAGCAAAAAUGGGAUGAUCGACAUUGGUCAGAGAAAGCUAUUGAUGAAAUGACCGAGCGCGAUUGGCGUAUAUUCCGCGAAGACUAUAACAUCACUAUAAAAGGUGGUCGCAUACCUAAUCCAAUCAGGUUAUGGAAAGAAUCCGGUUUCCCAAAAGAAAUUUUAGAUAUUAUUGAUAAAGUUGGUUACAAAGAUCUCACACCAAUCCAACGACAAGCAAUACCAAUUGGUUUACAAAAUCGUGAUAUUAUCGGUGUUGCUGAAACUGGUUCUGGUAAGACACUAGCAUUCUUGAUUCCUUUGCUAUUAUGGAUCACAAGCCUUCCAAAAAUUGAAAGAUUAGAAGAAGCAGAUCAAGGCCCUUAUAGUAUAAUUUUGGCUCCAACUCGAGAAUUGGCACAACAAAUUGAAGAAGAAACCAAUAAAUUUGGACAACCACUAGGUAUCAGGACAGUGGUAGUUGUUGGUGGUCUCUCGAGAGAAGAACAAGGAUUCAGGCUGAGAAUGGGUUGUGAGAUUGUAAUUGCGACUCCUGGUCGAUUAAUAGACGUUCUAGAAAAUAGAUAUCUGGUUUUGAAUCAGUGCACAUACAUUGUUCUCGACGAAGCAGAUAGGAUGAUAGACAUGGGUUUUGAGCCGGAUGUGCAAAAAAUUUUAGAAUACAUGCCAGUUUCAAAUCUCAAACCUGACAAUGAAGAUGCUGAAAAUGAAGAAAAACUUCUUGCUAACUACAAUACGAAGAAAAAGUACAGGUCGACGGUGAUGUUCACAGCUACAAUGCCUGCGGCGGUGGAAAGAUUAGCGAGAACAUAUUUGAGAAGACCAGCAGUAGUGUACAUCGGUAGCAUUGGUAAACCUACCGAGCGAACCGAGCAAAUUGUACAUAUUAUGGGCGAAGCCGACAAGAGGAAGAAACUUAUGGAAAUUCUUAGUCGGGGUGUUGAACCACCCAUUAUAAUUUUUGUCAACCAGAAGAAAGGAGCUGAUGUGCUUGCUAGAGGAUUGGAAAAACUUGGGUACAACUCGUGUACACUGCACGGUGGUAAAGGACAAGAACAGAGAGAAUAUGCGCUUGCUUCACUCAAAGGUGGAACAAAAGAUAUUUUGGUUGCUACCGACGUCGCUGGUCGUGGUAUUGAUAUCAAAGACGUGUCUAUGGUCAUUAAUUAUGACAUGGCUAAAACCAUCGAAGAUUAUACGCAUCGUAUCGGAAGAACAGGUCGAGCUGGAAAGAAUGGUAUUGCAAUAUCGUUCUGUACUAAAGACGACAGUCAUCUUUUCUAUGACCUCAAACAAACUAUUUUGGCAAGCCCGAUAUCUACCUGUCCUCCUGAACUGCUCAACCAUCCAGAAGCACAACACAAACCAGGAACAGUUGUCACUAAGAAACGUCGAGAAGAAAAAAUCUUCGCUUAAGACCUGUAAAUAUAAUAUUUGUUAAUGUCUUAUCCAUUUUGAUAAUUUUUAAACUGAGUGAUACGCAAGUAAAUUUAUCAUUAAA